AUGGUUAGCUUUUUAGGCACUUACUGCUCUUGUUUGGAAAGUGAGUCAUGCUUUAACAUUUUCGCUUAUGUUUCCUGUUUAGUUGACCAUUUUCUACCAGGAAACAGGAAUGAAGGUAACAUCUUAAUUUAUUUUUUCUUCAGUUUUGAAAGUUUCAAUCUUUUUUUUCAUAGGCAGCAAAGUUGAUCCAUCAUAUGAGUUAAGUGAGUUCAUAAGGCCUGUGGAAAAUCGAAGAAAAAAAACUUCAGAACUUCCAUAUGUAAGAGGAAAUCACCCGAGAAAUGUCGCAAGGCUAUACGAUGUCCACGGCCCUUUCAACGAACCGGAAUCCACUCUCGCCCCCGACGAAAAGCGAAACACGGCUCCUUAUCUGGAUGAUGUCUCUAUGGUGCCUUUCUCAGACAGUUCUGCAAGUAACGCCGGCGAAUCAACGACGAAAAAAGCUACAAAGUCAUGGCUUGAAGCCGAAUCAACUACUGUCAAGAGUAACAACUCCGGAUCAACACCACGACUUGAAUCUAGUGAAGGUGGUUCUUUAUAUUUGAUAAGAGUAAUCAAUUAAAUUUACAGAAACGGUUGAACCUGAAGGAAGUGGUUGGUUUCAUUUUUCAUUUCUAAUAGUUGAAAAAAAUUUUCUUUUAACCAGUUGCUUUUCAGAGGAACCAGGAGAAAGUACCCCAAUCAGUCUCACUACGAAGGUUUUUUAUUAAUUUUUUUUUACAAUGAGAGCUUUCACAGAAUACUUCUAUCGUGUUUAUUGAUACUACAACAACAAAAUUGCCUCAAAAUGCAACUGAAGCGUCUAUAACCGUCCCUCUAACUAUCCCGAUAUUGCCUACAACGACCAAAGUAAAAAAAAAUCUUCUAAUUUCCGAUUUUUUAUUUUUACAGAUUUUACCUCAGACGCCGACAAAGCCUCUUCCGACGGUUCCGACAACACUCACUCUUCCGACAAAACCUACUGUUCCAACAGUACCCACUGUUCCCACCGUUUCUACCGUACCCACUGUUCCUACAAAACCAACAGUGCCUGUCACAACAACCACGAAAGAUUCAGGCCCUUCUCGAGGUAUUUGCCAUUAUUAUUUUUUUAUUUUUAGAUUCAAAAGCUUUCUAUUUCACAUUUGAAGGUCUCGAAUUUUUUUCCUACUUUAAACUUUGAUAAAAAAACACGCUCACAUCCAUCCCCGACAUGUCAUUUUUUUCAAGAAAGUAGUUAAAAAAAUUGAAUUCAGAAAUAUAUAGAUGAAAUCCGCGCAUUUCCCUUGAAAAUCGGUUUUUAUUAAAAUAGUUCCGUUUUCCAACCUUCAAGUUUUUGCUCAUUUUUUCUGUUUUCAAAUUUAUGUUUUUUUUUUGUGUGAGUAUUUGUACGACUCGGUCAGAAUUUUUUUUGAAGCCCAAAGUCGAUAAAUCAAAUUUCUAAGCUUCAUGAAUUUUUUUUUUCCAAUAAAAGGAUUUCAGAAUGUACCAACGGCUACAUGGUGCAUCAGGAACACGUGGACGUCGCUUCGGCUGGAUCUGGAAAGUUCGGCGGUUACUUCACAUACGCUUCAUCAUGCGGAGAGCUGUGCGUCCGGGACUUUGGACUUCUUCCCUGUGUUGGCUUUUCGUACGAACCCGACGAGCGAGGUUUUUUCAAUUAAUUUGUGGAAAAUCUUAGUUUUUUUCUGCUCUCAACGUUUUUUUUCAGGACUUUGCACAUUGUACCAAUACGAACUCGGAGACAUCGAAACCGACCCUUCAAGCUCUGCUGUUCUUUACCGUCGUUGUUAG